AUGUGGCUUCAAACAAGUCUAGGUUUGUUUAUAAUGAGUUGGCCUUCCAGUUGUUGUGGAGUACACUGGUGACGUUCGAUGAUACAAAUUUUGAUAUGAAAAAUGUUGUUUUUUAGAAGAAUAUUUACUUCUCGAACAAGCUCCGCGCAUGGCAUGCAAUCCACGCUAUGGCCAACGAUAUUUAUGAAACGUGGUACACAAAAGAAGGGCAAAAUCUGCCAAAGGAACGAAGAAACGGAACGCUAUCUUCGUGAUCGGUUUCAAGUGCCAAAGAAAUCAGCUCGACUUUUGUCAAAAAUUUGCAAAGUGUCAGACAUAGAUGAACGUGUACAGUACUUUUACACGAUAGGGCUAACAGAAGAUAGUAUCAGCUUGGUGUUUAAAAAAUUCCCAAGAUCAAUUGUGACCUGUAAAGUAGAAGCAAUGGAUAAAAGAGUUAAAUUUCUCUCAGAAUACACUAAACAUUUUAAAGACCCAAGUGUAUUAAUAACCCAUCUGAUACCACAAUAUCCGAAACUGCUCUGGUAUCCUGUUCAUACUAUGGAGAAACGAAUUUGUUUACUGGAAAAAUGGAAUUUAACGAAAGAGGAGAUAGCGAAAGUCUUGAGAUACAAUCCUAUUUCUGUCCUGACAAACAUAGAGCAUACAUUUGAUGAUCUUGUUAAGUACUUGAAAGACAGUGGCCUUUCUGAUCUAACAAUUCACAAACUUUUUACCAAACAGCCACGGUCCAUAACAUUUCGCUGGGAAGCUAUUGAGAAACGAGUGAGAUUCUUCAUGGAUGAAGUCGGUUUCUCAAGGGAACAAAUAACCAGGGUAUUCAGAAACAGUCCCGUUGUACUCACUGCCAAUGUAGAAAGAAUGAGGCAACGAAGUGAUUUCAUGAAAAAGGAAAUGGGGUUAACGAACAGGUCUCUUCAUAGGUCACCACUUAUUUUGACAUACUCGUUAGAAAGACUAAAGUGGAGAUAUUAUUAUCUUUAUCACAUUGGUUACAAGUUUACAGAUGAUACGUACUUGCUUAGAAUUCUCUAUGUGACAGAUCAACAUUUUGCCAAAUAUAUAGCCAAAGAACUUUUGGAUGAUGUAUUGUCCUUUAAGCAGGAGUUUAAUGAAAGUUUAAUCACAGCUGAUCAAGAUUUGCAAGAAGUUGAAAAAACCAUAAAGUUUUGAUUUGUCAAUCAUAAGUCAAAAUCAAUCACAAAAGCUCAUUCUUACAUUCCAAAUGUAUUUGUAGAUGUAUUUUCAUUCCAAAAUACCUAAAACACAGAUUAGUUAAAUUUUGGAAAUUCAUUAUAAAAUGGAUUUACUAGAAUUUAUUUUAACUUACACA